AGUUUUCGAGGUGAAGAUACUCGCACAGGCUUUACUGAUCAUUUGUAUGAUGCUUUAAUACGCCAAGGAUUAAGAACUUUCAGGGAUGAAGAAGGACUUGAAAGGGGACAAUAUAUUAACCCAAGUUUACUUCAAGCAAUUGAAGAAUCUCGUUCUGCAAUUGUUGUGCUCUCCCUAGGAUAUGCUUCUUCAACCUGGUGUUUGGAUGAGCUCCAAAAGAUCCUUCAUUCAAAAAAAGAGUUGGGUCUUCAAGUAUUUCCAAUCUUCCACAAUGUAGAUCCAUCUGAUGUGAGGAAACAAAAGGGAAGUUUUGCAGCAGCAUUCAUGAAGCAUGAAGGAAGAUUUACGCAAGACAAUAUGAAGGUGCAAACAUGGAGGGAUGCUUUAGAAGAAGUUGCUAACAUAUCUGGUUGGGACUCCCAAAUAAGUAAUAGGCAUGAAACAAAAUUCAUUGAAACUAUUGCUAAAGAAAUGAUGUCUAAGUUACUUGAUGAAUCACCAUCUGACCUUGGUGUGUUAGUUGGAAUUGAAUGCAAAUUAGAUGAGUUGGAGUCAGUCAUAGCAAGUGAUUCGAAAGAAGUUCGAUCUAUAGGAAUUUGGGGAACGGGAGGCUUAGGCAAAACUACUCUUGCUAGACCUUUUUAUUAG